GAAUCUUCGUGACUCGCGAAGGGCGCCAUAUUUGUUACAGACAAUAGACAACAACAUGGCUGCAACAUCAAGAUCUGAUACAGAAAUGAGACAAAAGUGUAAAAAGAUGCUCAAUUCCAAGCAAGCCAGAGACCCUGUAGAACGUCUAAGACUACAGUGUCUUAGUCGGGGUUCUGCUGGGAUAAAAGGCAUAGGGAGAGUUUUCAAAAUUAUGGAUGACGACCAAAACAGGACAUUAGAUUUUAACGAGUUCAAAAAGGGUAUCCGUGAUUAUGGUCUUUACCUGGAACCUAAGGAAUUACAAGAGAUGUUCUUGGCCUUUGAUAAAGAUGGUAGUGGGGUUAUAGACUUUGAUGAGUUUCUCCUUGCCCUCAGACCGCCUAUGAGUAAAGCUCGAAAAUCUAUAAUAGCUGAAGCAUUUAAUAAAUUAGACAAGACUGGAGAUCAAGUCAUUACCAUUGAGGACCUCAAGGGAGUUUACAAUGUUAAGAUGCAUCCAAAAUACCAGAAUGGAGAGAUGACAGAAGAACAGAUUUUUAUAAAGUUUUUAAACACUUUCGAGGUUGGCAGUGCUGAAAUGGAUGGAAGGAUUACUCGAGAUGAAUUCAUGAACUACUAUGCUGGUGUCAGUGCUUCUAUAGACAAUGAUGCUUACUUCCUCCUUAUGAUGAAGAAUGCCUACAAACUGUGAAUAUGCGCCAAGCUUCCUGUUAGAAUUGUACAACUUAGAACUACAGAGCUAUGUGGUGUACAGUCAGUGCUGGUGGCCAUGGAGAGGUGGUCUAGAAAUUAGUUGAUUGUUGGCAGCCUUUGGAGUAGCCACUCCUAUAGAGCACAUGCAACAUCACAGGAAUUUGUACAUACAAUUGUGACAGCAUUUAAUGCUUUCAGAAACAUUAUAUUUACUUAAAAUAAAUAUCACUUUCAUGGAAAUUAAUGACCAAUUUUUACUUUCUUUUUACCCCAUUGCAACGCACUCGAGCUGGUAGUCUGUGAUACUGUAGGACUUGCUCACCACAUGGUAGAGCCUGCAUAGAGAAACAGAUUCUCCAACGGAGAAUUACUCACAAUGUAUGGAAAGCAAUAAGGAGAAUCUCAAUGUUGAUCAUGAGAGAGAAACGAUGAUAUACCUACAACGUUUUUUAUUUUGUUUAUUAGUUGUAAGCGAGAAAGUGUUCGCCCUCUUUCAGUCCUGUUGUUUUUAUGUUGCUCGAACCCUUCGUGAUCUCAGAAGAAAAUAUUUUUUUUCAUAACUUUUUAUGAUUAUUAUUUUUUAAUUUAUGCUAUUUGAAGGACUGUUUGUGUUCCUCCAAUAAAGCGUAAAGCCCACUCAAUAAUACAUGUAAUUGUAAACUUUACUUUAGACAUUUUCCGACAUUUUCAGAAAUAAAGAUAAACAACUGAAAAUAACA